AGAUGCUGCCGAGGAACAAUUCUCAGAAAAGGCAAAACAUACUAUUGAAGAAGGCUUAAACAAAAUAAAGGAAGCAAUGAAGGACGGUGAACGAGUGAUUGCAAAGAAAAUGGAUGAGAGCAUUCAGACGCUUUAUGACAGAACAGAAUAUUGUAAACGACAAAUAGGAGAUCAGUCUUCAAAAGCUGAACAAACAAUAAAAACAAAGACAUACAUCUCAAUAACACAGAUAGACAAAUUGACAAAAAGCAGCGUUCAACUUAUUGAAGGCCACACUAAAAAUAGCAUGGCGCGCAUGCAACAGACAGUUGCUGACAAGGCGGUAGAAGACUACGAAAGAGGUGUAGAAUAUCUUCGUUGCAGACUGGUGGACCAUUACCGCGACACCGUUAGCUACGUGCCUCUGUCUGCUUUGAAUCUUAGUCUCGAUAAGCACGUACAAGAUGUCUAUGUCAGUCCAAAAAUACACAGGAUAAAAAUAGAGAAUGAUGGGAGACUCACAAAACGGGAGCAAAUUUUUUCGUAUAAAGAUAUCUUCAACGAUGGUAAUAAAUUAGCUAGACGUAUAUAUUUACAAGGCGAGCCUGGCAGUGGCGAAUCGACAUUUGCUUCCAAGUUAGUUAAUGAGUGGUGUAACUUGCCUUCAACGGAAUCUACAAAAGAGAAAACAUUGUUUGUCGACUUUGAAAACCUGCAGAAAUUUAAGUUUCUCUUUUUCAUCUCUUUGCGAGAUUCAAGACAUCAGACGGAUGUAGUACAGAUGAUCAAAACACAUGUAAUUGAUAAGAUAUGUACGGAAGACGAACGUGAAGAAGCGAAGAAACUUUGUCUUCAAAUUAUGAAAAAUGAGAUAUGUCUCGUUAUUCAAGACGGUCUAGAUGAGUGGCCUGGUGAUGAAGCUUUACCUUCUAUGACCGGAAUUCCUAAAGACAACUGCAUCGUACUCACAACUUCUCGACCAUGGAAACUAAGUGAUGAACGAAUCAAAAAUUCUCAAAAAGAUAUUCUGUUAGAAGUUGAGGGCAUAAGCGAUACUGAAGCAUUCAAUGAACGGAUACAACGAUGCUUACUUGACAAAUCAAAGGAUGUCAAAGAAAGCGUAAAGCAAUUCAAGAUUUUCCUCAGGAGUCGCAACCUGCAGUCGAUAUCAUCUUCGCCUAUGCUGUACGCACUUGUCCUCUGUACCUGGGUAGAUGAUAGGGAGAGUCUCACCGGAUCGUCACUUUAUGAUCUUUACACUACACUACUUGACUGUCUAUGCAAAAAAGCUACUCCGGAAAUAUGUUAUUUCAACAAAACGAAUCCAGCGCCAGUAAAAAACUUUGAUGGUACAAAAUAUCUAAAACCAAAUAAGGCUCACAUAGAUUCCAUUGCUGAAGCUGCGUUCUCUUUUUUGUUUUCAAAUGAAAAAGAGUCAUCAAUAGUUUUCAGCGAUAUCAAAUUGUCAGAAUUUUUGCUUCCGUCUGCAAAAGAGUUCGCACUUAAAUCAGGAUUAUUAACCAAAAGGAAAGCUAAAAGAGUUACUGAUACGACUUGUAGGUUUGUCCACAAAACGUUACAGGAAUUCUUAAGUGCUUAUCAUAUCGCCAACAAUUUAAACGCUGUGAAUGACGUCAUUUUCGGAUAUCUCAAACGCCACGACAAUUCAUAUCUUGAUAUAUCGCAAAUGUUCAUAUUCCUGUGUGGCUUGAACAUCUCAGCAGCGAAUAAACUAUCUGCAAUGAUGAAUGAGCUUGACGUUUAUCGCCAUUAUAUAUAUCUCGGAAUCUUCCAAAACUGUAUCCUUACUGGCUAUAGGGAAGCUGUAGCCAACAAGAAUACCCCAAUACACCUGCAUCUUAGUCACUUUAAGAUCAACAAUGAUAAUGAUGCGGAAGAGUUGUUUCACAUCUGGGCUUUUAACAAGUUUCGUGCGCGAUCUUUAGGGAUUGUUAAUUUGAACAGAAUUAUUGUAUCCGUUUGCUCACGAGGCGUGUUGUCUACUCGUUGUCAGGAACUGGACCUGUUCCCUUGCCUGCAUGUGAUGAUCCUUGUCCCUCUACACUUACACAAAUAAAUCAGAAAGAAGUCAGUCCGUCUGCGUGUUGUAUGGAGUUCGACUUUUCAUGGUGUAUCAACAUGGAACGGAUGAUACUCUGUUGUAAUGCAACUGUGCAACCAAAUUCACUGGUGGGUCUGAAGAACUUAAAAGAUCUGCACUUACUUGAUGGUUGUAAAUGUGAAGCGCUUGACUUGUCACAUAAUGAAAGCAUUGAAUCAAUUUAUCUUAGUAGUGGAGUAACUUUAUUACCACUCUCCGUUAAUAAUUAUAAAAGUCUUACAUGUAUUGUUAUAUGGACAACUUAUAACGGACUGGAUUUGUCACUGUUUGAAAGUUUAUGUUCGAUAACAAUUAGCAAUAAGGUGAAAGUGUUACCAAAACGACCUCUUAUUCAUAACAAACACAAACUGACUCGUAUUGGCUUAAUUGAUUUUGAUUUGAAAAGUGUUGACAGUAAAGAUAGUUAUACUUGGUGUCUACUAAACGGUGAAGAUCCAGUAAAGUGUGGAGACUAUACUCCAAUACUGCCCUCUAUAACACGCAUUGACUUGCGUGGAGUCGCAUGUUCCUCAAACUGGCUACGCAGUCUGCUCAGAAUGCUGCUGACACUCGAUCAUAAGGUGCAUUGUCAGCUGUGGGACUGUAUUAUAACUUCACUCAAUCAUGAGGUUAAGGGUAGGCUUCCAGGUAGUCACAAAGUAUCGUGUGCAGAGGAUGCAUUCAGCAAUCCAGUUGAACUCACAUGCGCAAAAAUAUAUACGGAUUUAAACAAUAAAUGUGCAUUCGAAGUGAGCGAAUUAAUCUGGCAGAACGGUCUAUGGGAGACUUUGCAUGGACUGAAUGUGAAGAUUCUGAGUUUAUGGAAUUUAUAUGAAUGUGGUGUAUCAUGGGAUCGUGUACUUCCAUUGUCACAGUCAUUAGUAUCCCUCCCACAGCUAGAAACGCUUAGUGUUACUUUAUCUGAAUAUAUCGACCUGCAGCUUCCCCCGUCAUUGAAGCAUUUUAUAGGCUGUUUUUAUACAUUGUCUCCCACACAACUUAGCGAGAUUGUGAACAAACUGACGGCAUGGACUCAAUCAGUUGAAUGUAGAUUGGAAUUCUUUUGUAUUAAUGAAAGAGAUGUUAACAUGCCCCAGAAGAUUCCACCAGAAGAAUAUAUCCAUAUCAAACAGAAACUCGAAUCACUGGAGCAUGUGAAAGUGAAACGAUUUCGAAUAUAUGAAUUUGCACUAAGCACUUACACCUGGUCUGAACGUGACAGUGCUGGGGUAGAUGAUGAUGAUGUUGAUGGGGGCCUAAAUUUUUGUGCGGGUCAUGAAUUACUUGACGGCCUUGGUCGCAUAUCAAUGCGACUUCAGAUUAACUGUGUUAAAGAUCCAGACUUAAACUAGUGAAGUAAUAUAUGCGACAACAAGACUAUAUACGAUGGAUGAUCCGGAAAUAUGUAGACUGUUAUCAUCAGUUUCAGUUAUUUAUUUGAUGCACAAAAUAAUAUUUUUUCCCUCA